GACUGAACACGGAACUAGGCAGUGCUCCAUUCAGAAUUAGACAACUGCGUAGCUUACUGUAAGCCUUUUUCAUAAACCACUUCGCCAGUUUGCACGCUUAAUUAUUUCUAAACAAUAACUCAUCAUGGAUAGCUACGGGAACUCUGCUAUGGCGCCACCAAUGCAAAUGGCCCCAGACUUCAGAGGAAAUGAGAGCUCCUUGGUGUCUGCACUAAAGACGUUGCUGUUCUUCACCCUUCUUAUGAUCACACUACCCAUUGGUUUAUACUUUGCAUCAAAAUCACUGAUAUUUGAAGCCUCUUUCCAGAUGUCCAGUUCAGACAGCUACUUCUACGCCGCCAUUGUGGCUGUGCUGGCGGUGCAUGUGGUCCUGGCGCUAUUCGUCUACGUGGCCUGGAACGAGGGAUCUGGCACAAAGAGGAAGGAGGGCAAGCAUGACUAAAAAGGAGGAAAAGAAAAGACUGUGUUGCGUCUUGCAUAGAGUUAAGAGGCGUGGGCAGUUGAGAGGUGGGGAUGGGAUGGGACCUCGGCGCCUUAGGCAUGGUCCAGCUCUGGGAGAAGAGAGAGAGAGACGAAGGAUUCUCAUGUGUUCCCAUCGGACAGAAUAAUAUGAUUGAGUAUCUCGCAUUUCACAGGAGUUGGAAAUGCAAGGGAUUUUGUUAAGCUGAGGAUACACAGGCUAUAUGUUGUGUGUGUGUGUGUGUGUGUGUGUGUGUGUGUGUGUGUGUGUGUGUGUGUGUGUGUGUGUGUGAGUGAGAGUGAGAGUGAGAGUGAGAGAGAGAGAGAGAGAACACACAUGGCAACAAAGAGUAAAUCUACUGUUUUUGUGUGAGAUAUGAGAAAUGUGUGUGUGUGUGAGAGAGAGAAAGAGAGAGAAAAGUGUGUGUGUGUCUGUGUGUGUGCGUGCGUCCCAUUCCGUCCUUCCGUCUCGUGCAUUUGUGUGUCGGUAAGCACCGCCAGGCGGCAGGUCAUUUUUCGGGACUGUCAGAUGAGUGCUGCUUCCACUCAUGCGUCUUAUUUGUCAAGCGUUUCAAAGACAUUUUCUGGCUCAACUGUGACCCCUGCCUGUCUACUGCCAUCAGACCACACUUGUGUGAGAAGUCCUUUAGGCCCCCGCAGCUCCGGGGAGGGAAUUCCACAUUUGUUUCAUAUUUAUUUUGCCCCAUUUUAUUUGUUGUUGCUCUUCUGACUUCCUCUCUUUUCCAUUCCCUCCCUGCUUUUUGCUUUUUUGUCCCUGUGACUGAGAGGCCUGAGGGAACACAUUGUUCUUGAUGGCUUGCGCGUGUGCGUGCACAUUAAUGUGAGGUGUGUGUCGGUGUGUGUGUGUGUAUGUGGGUGUGUGUGUGUCUUGAGGUUUCCACCUGUUUGUCAUUAGUUUGCAUUGUUUUCAAAUGCAUAGCAGUAUGCCGAAUAGAUUUCCAAAACAUACGGAUGACUAUCUGAAGUUGACAUUUUAAAUGUUGUAGUUGAGUACUGUUUAGUGAUUUUCAGUGUGUAUAGACUUUGAUAAUGAACAUCAGAAAUGUAAAAGCAAUGAUGUGGCAGUGGCCAGGUUAAAUAAUAAAAAAAACAAUGACUGUUUAA